ACGUCACUUUUGUUCCUUGAAGUGAUGCUGAACAAGCCUUGAGAAGAGUCUGUUGGAUCCACACACUCUCACACACAUUCACCCAGACUCAAUUACUGCCCAAUUCUCUUCUAUCAUCUCCUGCCACCGUCCUCAAACAACGCGAAAUCGUAAAAGGAAUUAAUUUUGGGCUCUUUUGAAAACGAACUCUAGGAGGAUACUUCUAGCACGGACACUAAGUUUGCAGAGUCGUGAUGUCACAGACCUGAGGACGCUGUCCCUGAUAUGGAGUCUGCUGAGCGGCUAGCCUCCCCGUCGACAGCCUCGUCCUCCCUGCACAUGGCCUCCUCCUCGGUGUCCUCAGCCAGCUCCUCCCCGGCCCCUGCCCCGGCCUCCGCCCCGGCCCCGGCCCCAGCCUCAGCCCAGACCCCCUCCUCUAAGUGCAGCCCAGCCCCCAGCCCUGCUAGCCUGGCCUCCACUCUCACCACCUGUGGACAACUGUUCCGGAGCAUGGGGGAGCAGCAUUUCAACAUGGCCGCUGUCUCCAGUGCCUUUCCCUUCAACCACCCAGCAUUUGGCCUGUACACCACAGCCUCGGGCCGGCCGGAGUUUGGAGGCUUGGGGAGCCUGGGGAGCCUGGGGAUGUCUGCUGCCCUGGCUGCCCACUCCCAGCUGGGGGGGUUCCCAGACUGGUGGCGGUCCUCAGAGGCUCAUGGCCGCGGGGCCUUCUUCCCCCCCCUCCUGGGUCUGCCCCCCUUGUUUGCGCCCCCCCUCCCCACCCACGCCUCCAGCCCCUACCAGUCGCGGACCCCCAGCAAGAACGGCCGUGCCACAGCCAAAGGGCUGAACGGGGUGCUGAACGGUGGGGUGGUCCCAGGAAGCUCCUCGGGGAACCCCAGCUUGUUCUCAGCCACGGCAGCCUCAGAGAGCUCCAGGGCCAAGGGCAGGGGCCGCACCAGCGAGGCGGACCUGGGCCAAGCACAGGACACCAGCGCUCCCAAAACUAAGGACAAGAAACGCAAGAAACCUUUGGAGACGUCCAGUGUGAGUGGCAGCGAUUCAGGAUCCUCCGUUUCGUCCUGCGAUGACGUGAGCAGCGACUCGGACGACCUGGACGACGACGAGGAUGAUCAGAGCAUCGACAGCGGCGACUCGGACUCAGAGAAGGACGGCCGCUUCAAGAUGAAGGGUGUGACCCAGGGCUUGUCUGAGGGGAAGCAGGAUGUCCACUCUGAGAAGACCCCAGACAGCCAGAGCGGGCAGUCUAAGAAGCACCGGAGAGAUGGCCCCUUCUCGCGCUGCCUGUCCUCCCAAGCCGGCCCUCUCCCCUCGGCCGUGGGCCCGGCGGCAGGGCCCCUCUUCCAGAGCCCCAGGAGCAGGGAGGCUCAGCAGCAGCAGCAGCAGCAGCAGACCAGCGUCAUCCAGGCCACGGGGCUGGCUGUCAGCAGCAGAGCCCUCCCUCUGUCCUCACACACACACAGAGAGAGCCCCUGUGGGCCCCCCCGGGCCUCCCCCAAGCACUCCUCCUCCUCCUCCUCGCCCAAACACAACUCAGUCUCUUCUUCCCCCAAGCCCCUCUCCCUCUGCACUUCACCCAAACCUCUGUCUCUGUGCUCCUCCCCCAAGCCCUUGUCUCUGGCCUCCUCUCCCAAGCCUCCCUCCCUCUCCCCCUCUCCCAAACCUCCGACGCUCUCCCCCUCACACCAGCCCGCCAGGUCCUGUACCUCCUCCCCCAAACCCCCCGCUGUGGCCGGGCGCAGCAGGGGCAGCAGCAGCAGGGGCUACUCUGACGACAUGAUGUCACACAUCAACAGUUUCGGAAUACAACCGCCCUUCCUCUCCCAGGAGCACUUCAAACAGGCCUUCCCUCUGUCGCUGAAGAAGCAGGACUCGUUCAAGAGCGGCAGGAAGAUGGCCUCCUCCUCCUCCUCCUCCUUACCUCCCCCCAGGCUGUCUCCAGAGACCUUGGCCAGUCACAAACUGACGUCCUCCCUUCACGCCAGCCACUCCAACCUGUUCCUGACCAACCCUCUGCUGAUCCACCACCACCAGCAGCCCCCCAACGGUGUGAUUCACAGCUCGGUCCAGGAGGCCCCCCUGGCCCUCAUCACCAGGCCCCGCGGCCAGAGCACCAGGCCCCCCAGCAGGCCCCCCAGCAGGCCCCCCAGCAGGCCCCUGCUGGCCGCCACCAGCCCCCACUUCUCCAUGCCCAUCAACCUGAGCACCGGGACCAAGGAGGCGUCAGGCGCUGCAGUGUCCCAGGCCUCCACCUCACCCGGCCAGGCCCACAGGCCCAGGAAGAACCAGACCCCCAAGGCUCUCCGUGCCAGGAAGCCCCUCCUCCACGCCAGGAAGCCCCUCCUCCUCCACGCCCCCCUGGCCCACACCCUGCACGCCCCCUCCCUGGUGGAGCUGGUCAGGGGCACCGAGUCUGACAUCCCCAGCAGCAAGGACUCGGACGACUCCUUGGGGGACGAGGACGAAGACGAGGAUGAUGAGGAUGACUCGGACGACAGUCUGUCGGACUCUGACAGUAAUCUGGAGAGCGACUCCGACGGCUCUGAAGACGAGUUGAAGGAGCGCGAGGCCCCAGACAGGAAGCUUUCCAGAGCGCCCUCCUCCUCCUCCUCGCUCCUCAACGCCACCUCCUCCUCCUCCUCGCUUCUCAACGCCUCCUCCGGCCUGUCGGCCAGCUGCUCCCCUCUCAACCUCCAGGUGGCCAGGCCCAGCUUGGCCCCUUCCAGCACGGUGACCAGCGUUGGGGGGGCUCUGGCCUUCCACGCCCCGCCCUCCUCCUCCCUCUCUCUGACCACUCCACCAGGGUCAGGGAAGAGGAGGAGGGUGACAGACGAGAGAGAGCUGCGAUUACCUCUGGAGUUUGGGUGGCAAAGAGAGACCCGCAUCAGGAGCGUGGCAGGGCGUCUCCAGGGCGAGGUGGCCUACUACGCCCCCUGUGGGAAGAAGCUGCGACAGUACCCCGACGUCAUGAAGUAUAUAUCCAGAAAUGGAAUAGCUGACAUCACACGAGAUAAUUUUAGCUUCAGUACAAAAAUAAAAGUUGGUGACUUCUAUGAAGCCAGAGAAGGACCUCAGGGUUUACAGUGGAGCCUGCUGACAGAGGAGGAGAUCGUUCCUCGCAUCAUAGCGAUGGACGGGAGGCGAGGCCGCCAGCCCAACCCCGACCUCUCGGGGGCGGUGGAGAGCCCCCCAGCCCGGCGCAGGAAGGGCCGCUCCCUGAACGCCGGCGAGGACUUCCCAGGCGCCUCGGAUGCCAAACUCCUACGCAAACUGGAAGCUCAAGAGAUCGCACGACAGGCAGCUCAGAUCAAGAUGAUGAGGAAGCUGGAGAAGCAGGCUCUGGCACGGACAGCGAAGGAGGCCCGCCGGCAGCAGGCUGUCAUGGCCGCGGAGGAGAGGAGGAAACGGAAGGAGCAGAUGAAGAUUCUGAAGCAGCAGGAGAAGAUCAAGCGCAUUCAGCAAAUUCGAAUGGAGAAAGAACUCCGUGCACAGCAGAUUCUCGAGGCUAAAAGGAAAAGGAAGGAAGAAGCAGCCAAUGCCAAAAUAUUGGAGGCUGAGAAACGAACCAAGGAUAAGGAGAUGCGCAGGCAGCAGGCGGUCCUGUUAAAGCACCAGGAGUUGGAGAGGCAUAGACUAGAUAUGGAACGGGAGAGACGGCGACAGCACAUGAUGCUGAUCAAAGCCAUGGACGCUCGUAAGAAGGCAGAGGAGAGGGAGCGCCUGAAGCAGGAGAAGAAAGAUGAGAAACGCUUAAACAAGGAGAGGAAACUGGAGCUCAGGAGACUGGAACUGGAGAUGGCCAAGGAGCUGAAGAAACCAAACGAAGACAUGUGCUUAGCGGAUCACAAGCCGCUGCCAGAGUUGUCCCGUGUGUUUGGCCUGGUGCUCCCAGGCAGCACCUUCUCAGACUGCCUCAUGGUGAUCCAGUUCCUGCGAAGCUUCGGCAAGGUGCUGGGCCUGGACGUGAGCGCCCAGGUGCCCCCUCUGAGCGUGCUCCAGGAGGGGCUGCUCAACAUGGGCCCCGCCGCCGCCCGGGUCCAGGACCUGCUGGUGCGCAUGCUCUCUGCCGCCGUGUGUGACCCGGGACUGCCCCCCGGACACCGGACCAAGACCGCCCUGGGGGAUCACCUGACUAACGUGGGCAUCAACAGGGACAACGUGUCUGAGAUCCUGCAGAUCUUUAUGGAGGCUCAUUGUGACCAGCAGCCAGAGCUGCUGCCCCUGGCCUUCAGCCUGAAGACCAGGGCCUUCCAGGCCCACACGCCCGCCCAGAAGGCCUCCAUCCUGGGCUUCCUGGUCAACGAGCUCUCCUGCAGCAAGAGCGUGGUCAGCGAGAUUGACAAAAACAUUGACCACAUGACCAAUCUGAGAAAGGACAAGUGGUUCCUCGAGGGAAAUCUACGCAAACUGAGAGUCAUCCAUGCCAAGAAGACAGGGAAGCGCGACAGCAGCGUAGGGGGGGAGGAGGGCCCGGGCCUGGGCACCCCCACCCCCGGACGCAAGCGCAAGAGGAAAGCUGCUGACAGCGAUGAGGAGGAGGAGGAGGACGAGGACAGCGAGGAGCAGGGCGACGAGGAGGAUGAGGAGGAGGAGGAGGGCGGCGGCGGGAAGAGGGGGAAGAAGGUGGAGACCUGUGAGGAAGAGGACGACGGCGACCAGACGGCCAGCGUGGAGGAGCUGGAGAAACAGUUAGAGAAGCUGACCAGGCAGCAGAGCCAGAUCCGGAGGAAGCUGUUUGAGUCGUCUCACUCCCUGCGAUCCAUGAUGUUUGGCCAGGACCGCUACAAGAGGCGCUACUGGGUUCUGCCCCAGUGUGGGGGGAUCUUUGUGGAGGGCAUGGACAGUGGAGAAGGCCCAGAAGAGCUGGAGAAGGAGAGGCAGAGGAGCAGGAAGGAGGUGCAGGUGAAGGAGGAGCAGAUGGAAGAGUUGGAGGAGAAACCUGGAGCUUGUCGUCUAGAGCUGGGCUCCCCCAGAGAUGCAGCCACCCCAGAGAACCAGCCGGACAAGGACUCCCUCAACCUGUUCCUCCAGAAGCCAGACUCCUUCUCCAAGCUGAGCCAGCUCCUGGAGGUGGCCAAGAUGUCCCCGGACUCUGACAGCCACUCCCACAGCCACGGCAGCAGUCCUGCCAAGCCCUCCACCUCUGUGUCCUCCCCAGUCCACGCCAGCGCUCAGACCACACUACCCAGCAGCCCCUCCGCCUCCUCCCAGCCCGGCACGGAGGCCAGGCUGGAGCCAGGCUCCCUCCACGGCGCCCCCUACCUCAGCCCGGGGAGGCGGCCCCCCAGCCCCCAGCAGCCUCUGCUGCCCAGCGACCAGCUCCUCCGGGUGCUGACGGAGAAGAGUGGACACUGGUUCAGCCUGCUGCCGCGGUCGCCCUGCGACGGCUCCUCCGUCACCUCCCCUGGGUCCACCCCCUCGGCCCCACCCUCCUCCUCCCCCCCCCAGCCCGCCACCCACGCCACCCUACCCAGGUCCCCCUCAGCGCUGUCCCCCACCCCCCUGGCCCCCUCUACAGCAGCCAGCCCCGGGAACACCACGGCUGGCAUCAGCCCUUUCGGGUUCUCCUCUCUUCAGCAGGUGAAGUCUGGCCUCCUGAUGGGGCUGCCGUUCUGCGGCUGGCCCAGCGGGGUGAUGAGUCCUGGGCUGGCCUUCCCUGGCAGCCCCCUGAACCCCCUCCUGGGGACCACGGCCUACCAGCCCGGGGAGGGGGGACAGGGCAACCCCUUCCUGGCCCUCAGCAUCUCCACCAGCAAGAGCGAGUCCCCAGGGCCCCUGGGAGAGAAGCCCCCCUCAGCCCGGCCCCCCGCGGUGGAGCUGGCCAGGAACCAGGACCACGCCAGCCCCCUGCCCAUCCCCGAGGAGAUGCUGUGUGGCUGGUGGAGGGUGUCUGACCUGGAGGAGCUACGAGGCCUGCUGAAGGCUCUUCACAGCCGGGGCGUCAGAGAGAAGGCCCUGCAGAAACAGAUCCAGAAGCAUAUGGAGCACAUGGCCCAGGCCUGCGCCAGGAACAGAGAUGUGUGUGUGAUAGAUGAGAGGGAUCUGGACCAGAAGGAGGUGAGCGUGGAGACUGUGGAGAGCUGGUGUGUGGAGGAGCAGGCCAUGGAGGUGGACAUCUCCGCUCUGCAGCAGGUGGAGGAGAUGGAGAGGAAGGUGACCUCGGCCAGCCUGCAGGUCAAGGGCUGGAUGUACCCUGAGCCCCAGUCAGAGCAGGAGGAUCUGGUCUACCAUGAACACAAGCCCUGGUCCUGUCCUGGUCCUGGUCUGGGUCCCGAGGCCCGCCAGGAGCAGGGAGAGCUGGGAGGCCGGGCACGGCGGCCCAACAACCCUCUAGAUAUAGCUGCUGCCAGGCUGGCAGAGCUGGAGAGGAACAUAGAGCGAAGGUACCUGAAGAGCCCCUUAAGCACCACCAUUCAGAUCCGUGUGGAUCAUGUGGGCACGGUCACUGUGCCCGCGCCCGCACCAUCCAGUAGUGGUGAUGGUGAAGGGGGCGAGGAGGAGCUGGCCCCGGGCAUGAAGACGUGGCGCCGGGCGCUGAGCGAGGUGAGCAGCGCUGCCCAGCUGGCCCUCUGUCUCCAGCAGCUGCACCGCUCCAUCGCCUGGGAGAGGUCCAUCAUGAAGGUGUACUGCCAAAUGUGUCGCAAGGGGGAUAAUGAGGAGCUGCUGUUGCUGUGUGACGGCUGUGACAAAGGCUGUCACACAUACUGCCAUAAACCUAAGAUCACCACCAUACCUUCCGGUGACUGGUUCUGCCCUGCUUGCAUAGCGAAGGCGAGCGGUCAGUUCCCCAAGAGCAAGAAGCACAAGAGCCGUGUGGCUUCUGGGGGAGGAGGAGGAGGAACAACAGCAGGAGGAGCAGCAGGAGGAGGAGGAGGAGGAGCGGUGAAGAGAGGAAGCAGCGAGGUGAAGCGGAGCAGGAAGACGUCCGUGGCAGGGGAGGUCGCUGAGGACGAGGGGGCCAGUACCUGCUGCGGGGGCAGCGGCACGCCCAGGAAAGGGAGCAAGGAGUCCAAGAAGAGGAGGGGGGAGAGCCCCCCCACCAACCCCCCCAGGCAGGACAGCCCGGCCUCCUGGGGGAAGAAAGCCAAAAUGGCCAAAGACAACAACAACAGCAAGGACCUCAACUUGUGCAGGGUGCUGCUGGCUGAGCUAGAGGGCCACCAGGAUGCCUGGCCCUUCCUCAUCCCCGUAAACCCCAAAUCUGUCCCUGGAUACAAGAAGGUGAUCAGGAAACCCAUGGACUUCUCCACCAUCAGAGACAAGCUGGUCAACAACCUGUACCUGAACCUGGAGACGUUUAUCAUAGACGUCAACCUGGUUUUUGAUAAUUGUGAGAAGUUCAAUGAAGACAACUCUGACAUUGGAAGAGCAGGCCACAGCAUGAGGAGGUUCUUUGAGAGGAGAUGGCCUGAGCUGCUGAGGCAGAUCAUCUAGAGCACCUCAGAGCACCCUCCCUCUCUCCCUCUCUCUCUCCCUCUCUCCUUUUCUCUCUCUCCCUCUCUCUGUGGAACCCAGCUCUAGUACCUCACUCUCCAACCCAACUCUAAGACUCAAACCAAGAAACGAAAUACAGAUAUAAUUGUUAUUUUAGAUAAUAUUGACUUUGCUGGUGUACUGUGCUGGUUUGGUAAGAGUGAUUCCAAGACUAUGGGUGUUUUAAAGUGCAAUACCAUUUCUUCGUAUUUCAACGCACUGACCACAACCAUCCGAACUGCAGCUGGGAACGAAAGCUUUCUGCUGUUUAGAUAUGUCCUGUCUUUUAUUUCAUCAUUAAUUAAUUCUAGUGAAUGUAUUUAAUUUCUUGUCAAUUAUUUAUGUGUAGAAAAUGAUUCAGACUUCUUCUUCUUCUUCUGAGAAAAUGAAGAAACAACAAAACUGCUUCAAAAAUCUUAAAAGAAUGUUGUCGCUUUUUUCAAAAGUAAAACAAAGCCAAGACAAAAAAAAGAGAAUUGUUUACACUGCUCCGGACCUCCAGAGCGCCAUUAGAGUCCUACGGUAAUACAUGUAAAAGCUGCAUUUGUGCAUUCAUGGAUGUUUGCAUUUCUACAACAAAAAAACAGGCAACCACAAUGACACAUCUGUACAUACUGUUAAUUCAUGUUAAUACUAAGUCUUAUUUGUAAUAUGUAAGAUGUGUACAUAAAGUACUGUGUUGUGUCUGACAUUGUUUAUGCCUUAGAAUGAUUGUAGGGUUUCAUUUCUGUCUUAAAGUGAUAAAUACAUAUUGCCUGUACUGUUCUCCUCUGGAAAACACUGUGGUCUCCUCAAUCUUGGUAGUGCCUGCCCUCUUAAAAGUGUGUAGAGGAUUUUCAUUUCAAUAAUUGGAUUUUUGGACAUGUGCGUGUGGUGUGUCCAUUGUAUGACAUCCUGUAGCAAACCUCUAUACAAGAGUUCAUUCUCUCACAGUCCUCAGACCUGGUUCAUCCCCUCAGUCCUCAGACCUGGUUCAUCCCCUCACGGUCCUCAGACCUGGUUCAUCCCCUCAGUCCUCAGACCUGGUGAAAACAGUCUAGAUGUUUUAGUCAGCCAGGCGCUCCUCUCUAGUGGCCCCGGGCGCACAGCUCCAGAAGCCCCUGUGUUUGACUGCUGUGCGUGGCAGCCUACCGACGGCGGCUAGAGCAGUUUUUGUACCCGAGUCAAGAGUACUUGAAGUUAUUUUAUUUAUGAAUAUUGUGAAAGACGUAGCAUUUUUUGUAGGAGCAUUAUUUUUCACUAGUGUGUGUGGCACGAAUCUAAUAAAACUGAUGUUUUUCAACUCAA